AUGCUCGCGGCUGUGUGUGCCUUUCCUGGUGUUGUGCUUCUCCCUGGCGUUUGUCGUGAGGUCUCUGAAGAAGCCUUACUCGAUGAACGCGCCAUCGCCAUCGUCGGAGCACUAGCACCGAUGCUUGGUCUCGCGGAUCGGCCCCUCGAUAAGGUUGCUGCCGAUUUCAAGUCUGGCUCCUUGCCCCUCUUAUCUAUCCGAUGGGCUCUCAUCCCAGAGUCACUUGGACGCUUUGCCUCCUCCGCCUCAGCUUCGUGUCGAGCUUCUCUGUCCUCUGCCUCCACUUCCUCCUGUGCCUCUCCGCCUUCCGCGGCGUAUUGA